CCCCGGUAGGCGCUUCUUUUCUUACUCCAUCGAUCCCCCAUCGACCAACCAGGGGGUCACACACACCAAUGCCGGGUUACAAUUGUAUAUAGGAUAGGGAAUCGCUGCUUCAUCCUGCUUGAUCUGGAACUUUUCGUGUAUAGUUUCAAUCCUACUUACUCUUCCGAAGAUACUGCUUCUAUUUUCUCUUUUCAUCCGAUCUAUAUUACUCAUACAUACAUACCCCUACUAUAUUUCCCACAGCCGCCUUGUCAGUCAGUCAGGCGGAACUUCAGUCAUAAGUCUAAUCUGGUCUGGUCUGGUCUGGUCUGAGGGUCAUGUUUCUUUGUUCUCUGAACUGACCUUAUUUUUCAAUUCUCACUUGCAUUUAUAAAAAAAAAAUCUAUUUUCGGCAGUAAGCAUCCUUUUUUACGUGAGAGCGCACGCACCCAACCAACACACACACACACACUCGACAAACUUCCAUAUAUAUACACACACAACCCCUAUUGCGUCGACUUUUACCCCAACUAUUGUUGGUUGCCGCGCCGAUUCAAAGUUUUUAGUCUUCCUUGUCUUUUAUAUAUUUUGAGUCGCAUCACACAUAGACACCGAGGCAAUAUGUCAUCACCCGAUAGCCCUCCCAAGAGACCAAGACUGUCUCUUCAGAUCAAGGCAAUCUCCAACGGCCCGAGCGUUCGCACUUCUCGCAGCCUGGCAGCGGCCGUGAACCCAAGAUCCCCGACAUCUUUCAACACUCUUUCAAAUGUCUACGUCACAGCCAUAGGCAAAUCCGCACCCGUCGAGGAGCCACUGACCGCCAUCAACACGAGGAGCAGAGGUCUGCCACUCAAACUUCAGACACAAAAUGUAUCUACACCGAUAACAGCAUUUGGGGUUGGUCCCGAGACUCCUUUGACUGCCCAGCCAAUGUCUCCGGCCGUCUUGCAAAACAUAACAUUUCCCAGCACUAUGACUGCUACACCACCACUGUCUGCUGGUCCGAUGGAAGCGACCGAUUCCAAAGUUUUUACCUUCUCUGCCGAGGACACUUCAGCAACGAGGCCGAGGACUGACGUGGCUUCACAACUCAUGUCCCCACGAACGCCAAAAAGGCGUACCACAGCACCGGGAACCGGUGGCUCUCGGGCUGCCCCUUACUCUCACAACCCGCGUUCGCUGCCCAGUAUCCUGCGCAACUCUCCAUUACCACGUCUCCCUACCAUGUCUCCCGACUCUCCAAGGAGGCAAUCUAAGCGUCUGCAGGAAAAGGCUGCUCGCCGGGUAUGCUACAACACCCCCUUGACCCAGACCAUUACGACGAACAAAUACACCAAAUCGCACAUCGACCUGCUAUGCGAGGAGGCAUCGCCUUUCUCGCCAUCCAAGCCGCCAACUGAAGACCCCGAGAUCGUUUUGGAUCUCGCCAUGGCUUACACUGGCGAUGAGACAAGGGAUGGCGGCCAGACGCCCGGCCCUUUCGAGGAGAUGCGGAGGAGAAUGGCCGGCCUAGCCGCCGCCUCGCCGCUUUCUUCCCCAAGCGGCAUCAAGAAGCGUACUUCCAAGAAGCGGGAGAAGAAGCGUCGCUGGGUUUGGACCAUCGGAGUCGAAGAUGAGGAGGGAGACGAUGUGGGAGGUGCCGUGGCCGCCUACCGCGCCGCCUACCGCGCCGCCGAGGCCGCUGCAGCAGGAACACCGUUGAACGUAGCGGCCCCGAAGAUUGUCAGAGAUGAGGAGCGCGAAUCCCUCAGUGCGAUACCAAAACUUUGCAUAAACACGAUGGCCGUGUUCAACCAGCAGCAAAGGGCCUACGAGCAACCAUCCCUGCACGAGAUCACACCGAGCAUCGAAUCUUCAGACUUUAGCAGCCAGAUCGGCGGCGAGUCGUCGGCGUCGGAAAUGGACGUCGAGAUGUCGGACGUCAGCAGCGUCACGUCGGACAUGGGUGAGAGCUGCUACGGCGGCGGCCUGAACGCCCAACAGUCGGACUACGAGCUCGUUACCCCGACGCUGACGAGGUCGAACAAGAGGUUCUGCUCAGUGUCGAGAUUGGGAUCGGAGGACAUGAUGAGCUUUACGGCGGGGAGUCGAAGGGAUACGCCCAUCCCGGCGCAUUUAACUUGCUCUUGAUGAGCAUUUUUGUUUCUUGUUUCAAAGCCCUGGCAGGAUCAAAGGAGUUGGUGCUGGAAACAUCUUUCAGCGGGGAGUUUUUGAUAUUAAGCGCAUCAAAAUCGCCUUUUGUUUUCUUUCUUUUGGACUUUGUAGAAAUAUGUAUAUCACCACCAUCAUCAUCAUAUAUACUAACGCAUUACGAUUCUACGA